AUGCCUGCAUUACUGGGGCACUUUCUGAGUCAUUCAGUGCACUUUGCUGACCACACUCCCACUAAGGGCUGUGAUGACUGGCACUUACUUACUACGCUACCACAGACCGAUUCCACAGGGAAGUUGUUUGUACAGACUAGGACAGGCCAGGAAGUUCUUAGCAGGGUGAAGCACUUCAUGAAGCAACACAUCCUCCCAGCUGAAAAGGGGGUAAUUGAGUUCUAUGUUCAAAAUGAAAAUUCAGUGGACAAGUGGAAAAAAUCUUUAGUGAUUGAUAAACUCAAAGAAAUGGCCAAAGCAGAAGGCUUGUUUUUGCCAGUGGUGAGCUGUCUCAACCAGGUGGACUAUGCCUUCAUUGCUGAAGAAACAGGAAAAUGCUGUUUCGCUCCAGAUGUCUUUAACUGCCAAGCACCAGACACAGGGAACAUAGAGGGGCUCUACCUCGAUGGAAGUGAAAAGCAGAAACAGCAGUGGCUUGAGCCACUUCUUCAAGGGAGCAUUGCCUCGUGCUUCUGUAUGACAGAGCCCAAUGUAGCUUCAAGUGAUGCCACAAAUAGUGAAUGUAGCAUGUGACAGGAUGGAGAUAGCAAUGUAAUUAAUGUCAAGAAAUGGUGGAGGGAGGGGUGGUUAAGAGCUGGGCAUCCAAGGUGCAAGAUUGCAAUUGUUAUGGGAAGAACUAAAAAUACCUCUGCAAACAGAUACAAACAACACAGCAUGAUUCUUGUUCCUAUCAAUACAACUGGAGUAGGGGUGAUAAGGCCUUUGUCAGGUUUUGGCUACCUGGAUAAUCCCCAUCGAGGACAUUUUGAGAUCCAUUUUAAUCAAGUGUGAGUUCCUGCCGCCAAUUUAAUACUAGGUUAAGAUGGGGGAUCUGGAAUUGCCCGAUGCCGCCUUGAACCUGGCAGAAUCCACCACUGUGUGAGAACAGCAGGUUUGGCGGAACGCUUGCGGAUCAUGUGGGAAAGGGCAUUACACAGGAUGGCCUUUAAGGAGAAACUAUGUUCACAUGAGGUCAUGGCUCCCUGGAUUGCCGAAAGCCGCUUUGCCAUUGAGGAGAUCUGCCUGUUGACCCUGAAAGCUGCCCACAGCCUGGACACUCUGGGUCCUAAGAAAGAGGUGGGGCCGCUUGGACCAUCGUCUGCCAAACCACCUCCAGUUUCUCCCACCCACUGGGCAUGUCAACUUUCAUGGUGCCUUAACGGCACUCAGAAUAUUGGAAGCUUUCAUGUGAUGUUGGUUUAAAGGUUAUAAAUGUUAUGUCCCAGGUAGCUCUCCUUUGAUUGUUAGCUUUAGGGAAUGGUUUUCAGGAUGCGGAAUAUCUUCAGCAUUUUAAAGAUGCAGCACAGGGAGGAGGAAAAUCCUAGACUUUAUACAGAUUUGGGAUUGUAUCCAGUAUGUCGCUUUCUGCUAGCCUUGUGACCUUGGGCAAACCAGCCCUUCUGCCUGAGUCUAGGGUUCUAGUAAAGAGUGAUCACGAUGACAGAGAAUAUACAGUGCUAUACUGCCACAUACUAAUAGUUCAUACAGGGCCUCUCUGUCCUGGCCUUCUUAUGUUUCUGGCUUAUGUGGAAUAAGAAUAUGAUUGUUUAUUAAAAGCUAAUAAAAUUGCCCUAAGAAAACCGAUUAGUGAAGACUAAUCAAUUUUAUGUUCUCUGAAGUGAUCGGUGUGAUUCAUCAGCUGCCUGAGAUCCUUUUGGAAACACGGCAAGUUAUAAAUAAAUGAAUACAAUGUGAUUUGGCAGAGCUCUCUCUUUCCAGAAGGGCUGUACUGACUGAAAUAUGGCUAUUAGCCUCGCAGCGGAUCUGCUGGCUUUCAUCAAAGAUCCUGUUUCAGUAGAGAAUGCACGUGGGAAAGUUCCCUUGUUUCAUUUCACAAAGAAAAUACAAAUUAUAUUAAAUUUUGCCACAAUGUUUAUUGUCUAAGACAGGAAAAUUCUUUUUAAAUCUUGCUUAUAUGGAUUGCAGUAAUUAAAGUGACUGCCCGUCCUACUGUCAGCACAGUCAUUGAUCAGGCCACCCAAGUGUGUGGAGGGGCAGGUGUUUCCCAGGAUUACCCUCUGGCUAACAUGUGAGUGGGUGCCAUUUAAUAACCUUUUACAUUUGAUAGGCUUGGAGUUAAAAAGCUGUAGCUGCCAUGACACUAAUUGUUUAAGAAGAAAAUAAAGAUACUAACUUAAAGUAUAAUUGAGGGUUAAAUAAAGUAAUAUAGGUACUUUAAUAUAGAGCUCUGUACCAAUAUAUAGUUGCUUUUAUGAACACCAUUAUCGUUUCACUCAAUUAUGUUAACUUUUACACUGGGGACACACUGGGGCUCCUGGGCUAUGGAGAAACAGCGUGGGGGUUCACCCUGAAACAGGAAGGAGAGGACGGGAGCAGAGACAGCCAACGGGAGCCCAGAGCCAGGCUGCGGUAUGUCCCGAGCACAGCUCACCACCUCUGGAGGGAGGCCUGGCCGUUGGCAGUAGUGUAUGCCGGUGGCCACCUCCUGCCCACAUUCUGGUUGCUGGAGUCAAGAAGGAACCCUCUCUGCUGUCCAUCACCACACAGGCAUGGGACCACCUUCUCUGCCACCCUGGAUUUAGGAGUCUGAAGCCCCACCGAUUUGCCCCGAUCAAUUUUUAGCUUUAAGAAAGAAUUAAAUAUGUGGUACUGUAUAGUUCUAGUAUGUAAGUAUUACAUAUUUAUACUUCACUGCUUGUGGCUUACCUAAAUUCCUCUUAGUUCUAGCAACUUCUAGUAGUCUACAGCAAAGCAAGACUGAGAUUAAGCCCACUGCACUGUGCCCUUUCAGAUUCUGCUUCCCUAGGUGGGAACUUUAAGUGGCAUCUCACAAGCCCUUGGGUGUCCUUUCCUUGACUUUCACUGUGCUUUUUCUUAUCAAUGCCUUGGCAAGAUUUAAAAAAUUAAUAGUCCUGGCUUCGAAUCACAGAGACUGACGUUAAAGUAUCAAGUCUCUCUGUGGUAACUCCCACAUCCCUGCCCUUUUGUUUGUCCAGGUAGGCCUAAUUUGAACUCUGUGCUUGGCAGAUGGGCCUGAUGAAGUCCACCUCUAAGUGAUGAAGAAUGGAGCUUCAGGACCAAGCUGGAGGCUUGAGUAGGGAGGCCACACCAUCUCGGCUUUGGACAGACGUCAUGGGUUCCAGAAAUAUGAAUGUCAGUUCUGUUUUUUGCAGUAUGAGAACAGAAUUACUCUCUUGGUAAAGAUUUGAGCAUCUAUUUUGAUCAGUAGGUUUUAUAAUUUCAAGGGUCACACAGGUUUAAGAUAAGUAUGAACUUCUAUAGCUAUUGUCAUUCAGUCUAAUACCUGAGUGUUUUACAUUUAUUUUUUAAACACUCAACUUCUGAAGAGUUCAUGUAAAUUGGAGAGCUAAACCAGGGGCAUAAAAAUAUUUUCACUUUUUGUUCUCAGGAAUUGUUCAUUUGAAUAAAUAUGCAAGGAAUAGGUAAUCAUUACUUUGUAAGAAAUAUAGUGGGAUGUCCUUUUUAACACUGGUUUGAGGGGUUGGUUUAACUUUGUAGUAAUGGCUUCGCUGGAGAAAGAUGCAUGACUUAUGUGGUCAUUUCAGAAUUCGUAUCAGUAUAAGCCUCUUCCUAAUUCAAUAGGAAGCACUUACACAUGAAAUCUGAAUGUAGUUUAAAGUUUACUAGAAAGCAUGACAUAUAAUAUGAAAACACAAUUAAGAAAAUUUUGGAUUAUUUACAAUAUGUUGAUGAGAAUAGUAGAUAGUUUAAACUACAAGAAAGUUAUUCAGUUUUGAGAGAAUACUAAGGAUAGUCUGCUUGAAUGCCAUCCUGUUAGUAGUGAUGCCGGGGUCUUGUUCAUGGAGUCGAAGAAUGAACUUCACAAACACUCAAGGUGGGAGAGCAAGGCAGAGAAUUUUAUUUAGAGAUAGAGUGAGAGGACAGAGCUCCCGGCUCAGGCCAGGAGGGGACAAGAGAGUCCCGGUUGGUGCGUUGCCUAGGGGUUUUAUAGACAGUUGAGAGACAAAGGGCUAGGGAUGUACACCUGCUAAGUGGUCCCAAAAUGUUUAUCUUUGAAGAGACUUUACAUUUCUUAGUCUUCCUGGUUAUUUACAAGAAUUUUACUGCUCUGAUUUCCACCCAGGAUAGCAGCUUCCUGGUCUGGGAGCAUAUCACUCAAGGCAGCCUGCUUUGCUCCCAAGGUGGGCUGAGUUAUUGUCUGUUUGUUAAAGAGUAUGUUAAGAAACUUACUUUUUAACAAAUUGCAUUUUAAAGGACAAUCUAAUUUUCAAGAUGAAAUCCUUCCUGUUUUUACUAGGUUGUUUUGGGCUUGCUUGCUAUAUUGCCCAGGUUGCAAAUUAUUUGUUUAGAGCUGGAGGAAGAAAAGCAGCACCUGGGUAAAUCAGAAAAACAAGCUGGGCCCCACAGCAGGCUAAAGCAAAUCCCACAAUGGAUAUCUUGCUUUGUUUUUUUCCGGAGACCCUCACCCUACUUUGCCUAAGCCCAUGGUCCCUGUCUCAGUAGCAGCACCCCAAGCAAACAGCCUUGUGUCUCUUUGAGUCAGUGCUGUCCCGUAUAGCAGCCACUGGCCACAUGCAACUCUUGAGCACUUGAACUGUGGCUAGUGCAGCUAAGGCACUGAGUUUUCUUUAGUUUUAAAAAUUUAAAUUUAAAUAUCGAUUCUUAACUCAGUUACUGGAAAA